CAGAUGGUCGCGCCGCCCCUGUCACUCGACUGUACCGCUGGCCUUUGCUAGCUGCAGGUUAUGUCCGCAUGUCUGCCUUGUGAACAACUUUUGAUUGCACCAUAGUGAAAUUAAGCGGUUAUUAAUCAUGUCCGGUUUACUUAAAUUAAGUAGAUUUUGUACUCUGUGUAAAUAUCGUGUUUAUGCACCACGACUUCAACUAGCCAGCCUGUACCACACGGAAAGGGGAGUAUAUGGUUACAGACCCAAACAGACCGACUUGAGUUCCAAAGUCUUGGAAAGCAACCAUAUCUCCGCGUUGAAUCAAGAUCAUGGGCUGGCGAGACUGGUGGAGGCAUACCGAGCACACGGACACAAAGCAGCUAAAAUUAACCCUCUCCUUCCUGAGGCACCGGUGCUGGAGACAGUCCCGGAAAUCAGUGCCCUGAAUGGGACCCUUCAAGGAUCUCUACAGACAAGUGGUCUGCGACACUUUGGAAAAGCAGAGGCGUCGCUGGAGGAGGUGCAGGCCUACCUGGAGAAGACAUACUGUGGCACCAUCUCCGUGGAGAUCAACCAGCUGGAGACGGUGCAGGAGCGGGAGUGGGUAGCGGACCGAUUCGAGGAGCUGAAGAAGGAGGCCUUCUCCCCGGAGGAGAGGCGGCAGCUAGCCCGGCUCAUGCUCGAGUCCCAGGAGUUUGACCAUUUCCUGGGGACCAAAUUUGCCACGGUGAAGCGUUAUGGUGGCGAGGGAGCAGAGAGCAUGAUGGGCUUCUUCUACGAGCUGUUCCGGCAUGCGGCGUACAGCGGCGUGACCGACGUGCUGAUGGGCAUGCCCCACCGCGGACGCCUCAACCUACUCACUGGGCUCCUGCACUUCCCACCGGAGCUGAUGUUCCGUAAGAUGCGUGGCCUGAGCGAGUUCCCCGAGAACUCGCCCUCCAUUGGCGACGUGCUGUCCCACCUCACGUCCUCGGUGGACCUGGACUUUGGGGCGGGCCACCCCCUCCACGUCACCAUGCUGCCUAACCCCUCCCACCUGGAGGCCAUCAACCCCGUCACGCAGGGCAAGGCCCGCAGCCGGCAGCAGCUCAAGCAGGACGGGGACUACUCGCCGGAGAGCGGCGCCCAGCCCGGGGACAAAGUCAUCUGCCUUCAGGUUCACGGAGAUGCCUCAUUUUCAGGCCAAGGCAUUGUGCCAGAGACGUUUACGCUGGCAAAUUUACCUCACUACCGUGUCGGUGGUAGCAUCCACCUCAUUGUGAACAACCAAGUGGGUUAUACCACACCCUCUGAAAGGGGGAGGUCAUCCCUGUAUUGCAGUGAUAUUGGUAAAAUGGUCGGCUGUGCUGUAAUCCACGUAAACGGUGAUGAGCCGGAGGAUGUCUUGCGGGCUACGAGACUCGCUGUGGAGUACCAGAGAAAGUUCCGGAAGGACGUGAUUGUGGACCUGCUGUGCUACCGGCAGUGGGGACACAACGAACUGGAUGAGCCCUUUUUCACCAAUCCAGCCAUGUACAAGAUCAUCAGGUCCAGGAAGAGCAUCCCGGACCAGUAUGCUGACCUGCUGGUGUCCGAGGGCCUGAUGACAGAGGAGGAGAGGGGGCAGGUGAAGACGGCCCACUACAGCAUGCUGAACGAUCGUCUGGCCAACAUGACUCUGUACAGCCCCCCCUCCACCAACCUGCAGGGCCGCUGGGGGGACCUGGUGGAGCCUCAGGCACGCAUCUCCACCUGGGACACGGGCGUCCCCGCGCCCCUGCUGCAGUUCGUGGGGGCCAAGUCGGUAGACAUCCCCGACGAGAUCCAGCUGCACGGACACCUCCGCAAGACGCACGUGCAGGGCCGACUGCAGAAGCUGGAGGAAGGCACUAAACUGGACUGGUCCACUGCUGAGGCCAUGGCCUUUGGGUCACUACUCUGCCAAGGGUUUAACAUCCGCAUCAGUGGGCAGGACGUUGGGAGGGGCACCUUCAGCCAGCGGCACGCUAUGAUCGUCUGCCAGGAGACCAAUGACAUGUACAUACCUCUGAACCACAUCGACCCAUCACAGAGGGGCUUUCUGGAGGUUUGCAACAGCCCGUUGUCAGAGGAGGCAGUGCUGGGCUUUGAGUACGGCAUGAGCAUCUCCCAGCCCAAGCUGCUGCCCAUCUGGGAGGCCCAGUUUGGAGACUUCUUCAACGGGGCCCAGAUCAUCUUUGACACCUUUAUCUCUGGAGGUGAGGCCAAGUGGCUGCUGCAGAGUGCCAUGGUGAUCCUGCUGCCCCAUGGCUAUGACGGGGCCGGGCCUGAGCACUCCUCCUGCCGACUCGAGCGCUUCCUACAGAUGUGUGACAGCAAGGUGGAGGGCGUGGACAGCGACAUGGUAAAUAUGGCGGUGGUGCACCCCACCACCCCCGCCCAGUACUUCCACCUGUUGCGCCGACAGAUGAUCCGAAACUUCCGUAAGCCGCUCAUUGUGGCCGGGCCCAAAACACUGCUAAGGUUCCCGCUUGCUGUGUCUAGCCUGGCCGACCUGGGCCCUGGAACCUCAUUCAGACCUGUGCUUGGGGACACAACAGCAAACCCUGCAAGUGUCCAGCGGGUGCUGCUGUGCUCCGGUAAGCACUACUAUGCGCUGCUGAAGCAGAGGGAGUCGCUUGGCGCCGCUGGCCAGAACACGGCCCUCAUCCGGCUGGAGGAGCUCUGCCCCUUCCCCCUUGAGGCCCUGCAACAGGAGCUCUCCAAAUACACCAACGCUAAAGAGUUCAUCUGGAGUCAAGAGGAGCCCCAGAACAUGGGAUCCUGGUCCUUUGUGGCCCCCCGAUUUGAAAAGCAACUGGCCUGCAAGCUGCAGCUGGUGAGUCGGCCAUCUCUCCCGGCCCCAGCCGUGGGCAUCGGCACGCUGCACAGCCAGCAGCAGGAGGCCAUCCUGACCGCCUCCUUCAGCUGAGCACCUCCCUACGCACCUCCUCCCCCAUCCUGACCGCCUCCUUCAGCUGAGCACCUCCCUAGCCACCUCCUCCCCCACCUCCCCCAUCCUGACCGCCUCCUUCAGCUGAGCACCUCACUACCCACCUCCUCCACCAUCCUCACCGCCUCCUUCAGCUGAGCACCUCACUACCCACCUCCUCCACCAUCCUCACCGCCUCCUUCAGCUGAGCACCUCACUACCCACCUCCUCCCCCACCUCCCCCAUCCUCACCGCCUCCUUCAGCUGAGCACCUCACUACCCACCUCCUCCACCCUCUCUACUCCAACCCUCCCUCCUGGUGCACCCUCACCGGCCGUCUCUUUCAGCAGAGUGCCUACAUACCUGCCGCACCGCACCGCACCGCACCGCCCCACCCUCCCAUCCCUGCUCCCCCACUCCUGGUGCUCCUUGCAGCUGAGCGCCCCCCUACUGUACCUACUCCCCUGCUCCUGGUGCACCCAGCCUUGCCUCUUUCAGUGGAGUGCCUCCCUACCUCCCCUUUCCCUCCUCCAUUCUGCCUACGUCCACCUCCUGGUGCACUGGAAACAGCACCUGGCUGCAAGAGCACCACUGCACACUGUGGUUGCUGGAAAAGAACUGUUUCAACCCUCAGGAGGGGAGUCCUGAUGGCGCCAGGACCGAGCAGAAGCUCUGUAGACACCACCACCACCAUCCCAGCAGAGGAGAGAUGGACAGAACACGUUUUAGAAUUAAAGUGAUGAUUGUUCCUUGCUCAGCUGCUACAAUUUGUUAAACGAUGGAAACAUUGUUUUUUUUUACUUGCUAGAUUAAAGCGAGGCGCGAAAAAAGUACUUGAUGUCUUGACACCCCAAACUGACAUGCAGUAAAAGGGAUUCUGGAUUAA